AUGGUGAUUUUCAGUGACUGGGUGCAUGACAAGUAUGAUGACGACAAAGAUACCCGUCCUCGCCGCGGUGGUCGUUCCCGUCGUUCAAACUCACCUGAGCGCGGUGGCUCUACUAUGACCAAGGUGCGCGUCGAUAACCUUCACUACGAUAUCACCGAGAGUGAUUUGGAGGAUCUUUUUGGCCAAAUUGGACCAGUUACCGAACUUACCCUCGUCUACGACCGCGCUGGACGCUCCGAAGGCGUGGCCCACGUCACAUACAAAUACCUCAAAGACGCUCACACGUCCAUCAAGGAGUUUGACGGCGCCAACGCAAAGGGCCACCCCAUCCGCCUGACCCUCAUUCCUGGGCGACGUGAACAACACAAGAGCCUCUUCGAUCGCGUGGAACGACCUGGACGGGAUGCUCGCAGUCUGAGCCCUGGAGGUGGUCGUGGCGAGCAAUCAGACCGACGCCGCGGUGGUCGUGUCCGUCGUAGCGAUGUUUCGAAGCCUGCCCCCGAGAAUAUCGACCGCUACAUCCCUGGAGAACGCGGUGACCGCUCUCCCCGCCGUAGCGGUGGUCGACGAGGUGGCCGUGAGAACCGGCCUCGCAACGAGCCGCGGAAUGAGAACGGAGGUCGUCGCACAGCGAAUGGUCGUCCCCGGAAGACACAGGAGGAAUUGGAUCAAGAGAUGGAGGAUUACUGGGGUGGAAAUGCUGGUACAGACAACGCCGAGAAGCCGGUCGGUCAAGAAGAGCAACAGACUGUUUCCGCUCCAAGCAGCACCCCGGCCGCUCCAGCUGCGACUGUGAACGACGACGACAUCGAUAUGAUUGAGUGA